UUGUUCUUUCUCUUUUUUCUUAAGAGGGUGAAUUUUUCUGUUAAUGGGUAAAGAGGGCAAUGCUAGUCGUGCUCAUGAUGAAGCUCCAAAGUAUGUGUUUGAUUUGUGUGAUGAGGAUGACAUUGUAGAAGAUGAGGAGGAGGAAGAAGAGGAUGAUGAUGGUGAAGAAGAAUCAGAAGAAGAGGGUGAGGGAGAUGAGGAAGAUAAAGUUGAAACCUUUGAUGCUUUGGAUUCUUUAGAUAAUGGUACUUAUGCCGAGCAAUGUUACCCAGAUUUUGUGGGGAAGGAUUAUGAGACUUUAGCUAGGAAAAAAAGAAAACCACUUGGGGAUAGUCGGCCUAAAAUUUCAAUUAAGAAGACCAGGAGAAACGAUGGUUCUAGAGAAAGCUUAAGAAGGGAGGAAGUGACGGAGUUCAUGACGAUGGGGCAUUGCAGAGGGGUAUCAAGGAAACGAAAAAGGGGCAUUACAAAGUUCAUGGAAUUAGGGAACAUUUCCGGAGCUUCGUAUAGUCUUUCAAGAGCAAUAUCAGCUGAUCCUGAUGCUGAAAAUGUUGUUGCUCUGAAGUUGGACCGUGCUGCACUCCAUAUUCAGCUUCAAGAUUUUGAACAGGCUGCUGCAUUGUAUGAACAAAUAGUCCAAACCUGUCCUGCUUAUGUUAAGGCACUGAAGUUGGGAGCAGAGACGUAUUCAAAAUGAGGUCGGCGUGAACACUCUAUCCAUAUGCUGGAGGAUUAUCUCAGAAGUCAUCCAACUGAAGCUGACUUGAGUGUGAUUGAUCUGUUAGUUUCUCUACUUAUGGAAAAUAAUGCACAUAAUGAAGCUCUGCAAUAUAUUAAGCAUGCACAACUGACACUAGAUUCCGGAAACGAGCUGCCUCUUCAGAUGAAAAUUAAAGCGGGACUUUGCUAUGCCAACCUCGGAAACAUGCGCAAGGCAGCAAGUCUGUUCACUGAAUUUAAUAAAGGCUUUUUACAUUUAAAAAUUGCUAGAUGUUAUUUGUCCUUAAAGUAUAGAGUGCAAGCAAUUUUCUACUUCUACCAAGCUUUAAAUACACUUGAAGGGCAUAUCGAGGCACGAUUAGCAUUGGCUUCUGUUCUCCUUGAAGAAUCUAGAGAUGAUGAAGCUAUAUCACUGCUGUCCCCCCAGAGAAAUCUAGACUGUGUUCCCCUCCCAACUGACAAAGCAAACCCAUGGUGGUGUGAUGGAAAAGUAAAGCUGAAGCUUUGCAGCAUUUUCAGAGCUAAAGGGAUGCAUAAGGAACUUGUGGACGCCAUCUAUGAUUUGGUGCACGAAUCAUUACAGAUCAUAUCACUAGGGAGAAGGGUGAAGAGGAAGCUUUUGAAAAAAGAAUUAUUAAAAAGAGUCAGAGCCUUGGAUGAUCAGCAUACAGGUAAUGUAUUUUCGAGAAAUAGAUCACGCGCACUUCCUUUACCAGCUCAUCGAAAAGUUAACAGAGAAAAGAAGCGUCUUGAGGAAAAGGCAAAACUAAAGGAGGAAAAGAGAGCUGAGGCAGUGGCUGCUGGACAUGACGGACAAAGUGAUGAUUAUUCAGCAGAUGAUGAUCCUGAAAUUGAUCCACAGGAGAUACAGAAAGAGCCUCCCCUGCCGGAUCUAGUCAAGGAAAAAGAGACUCAUGACCUCAUAUUAGAUUUAUGCUAGUCACUCACUUCCUUGAAUAGACAUUCCGAAGCAUUGAAGAUUACUAAGCUUGCUUUGAAAUCAACUAAAGGCAUGUCAGCUUUCCGGGAGGAACUUCGGACCCUUGGAGCUCAGAUGGCAUACACAGCUCCGGAUCCUGAGCAGGGGUUGAACUAUGUAAAAUACACAGACCAGAACCCUUACAGCAAUGCUGUCUGGAAUUGCUAUUACAAAGUAAUUUCCAGAUUUAAGGAGGACUGGUAUCGUGAUAAGCAUUAUAAAUUUGUGCGCCACAGGCGGCAUAGGCGCAACAAAUUAAAAGACUGUACACCACCCAGUAUCAUAACUGGCCAUCAUUAUACAAAGAAAAGUCGCCAUCAGGAUGCCGCAAGAGAAUACCUUGAAGCUUAUAAGUUAAUGCCUGAGAAUCCCCUGGUUAAUCUGUGUGCUGGAACCGCCUUAAUCAACUUGGCGCAUGGACAUAGACUUCAGAAUAAGCACCACUGUAUUGCUCAGGGCUUUGCAUUCCUCUACAACAACAUGCGGGUUUGCAAAUGCAGCCAGGAGGCUUUGUACAACAUAGUCAGGGCAUUCCAUCAAGUUGGCCUUGUGACUCUUGCAGCUUCCUACUACGAAAAAGUUAUUGGCAUUCAUGUGAAAGACUACCCCAUACCAAAACUUCCCCAUGAAAAUCCACACGCUAAUCAUGAUCGUUCACCAGGUUACUGUGAUCUUCGCAGAGAAGCCGCUUUUAAUCUACAUCUGAUCUACAAACAGUGUGGAUCAUUCGAUCUUGCUCGACAAGUCUUGAGAGAUCACUGCACUUUUUGAGUCAGCAAAUUGCAACCGACCUGUUUCUUUUUGGUAUCAAACAGGUUAAGCAGGGAAAUGGUA